AUGUCUUCCCUAAUCAGAACGGGCCUGCUACGACUGUCAAGCCAUACAGAAUCGAAACAAAUUUACUCGAGGGCCACUUCCAAUCUGGGGGAUCGUCAUUUGGCUUCUCAGCCCACGCAAGAAAAGAAAACAUCACAGGCAAAAAAAACAGUACCGGUUUCGACGAUUCCAGCAGGCUCGCCUAUCAAAGGUCUAGCAUACAUUAAAGGAGAAAGUGAUCCGAUCGCAAAGGCUGAUGAUGAAUAUCCGAGCUGGCUGUGGACCCUACUCGAACCCAACAUGGGUGUUGGACAUUCAGAUACACCAUUACGUGCCAUCCGAAGGGAGCUGAAUCGAGAAAACAGGAAUAAUAUCAGAAAGUCGAACUUUUUGAAGGCUAAGAAAUGA